ACAAAGUGGACCAGGUUGUAUUCGCAUUGGAAUUAAUGGGGGAAAAUUCCAAGAACAACCUGAAAAAAUGUUACCAGUCAACGAGAAAUUUAGCAGAAGACAAUGGCGAAAUUGCCCCCACAACCAACGCGUUACACGCAAUCUCGACAUCCGCGGACAUGGUCAGACGGCCGGCUGCUACAAGCAAUUUUUUCGUCGUACUAAAUACUGCACAGAUCUCAAAUGCAGCAAGUACGCAUUUGAUUUCUUUCAGAACAAAUAACUGCAACGAUUUGUACAAUUGAAUGGCAAGCGAGCGCGAUAAUUUCGAUCUAUCGGGACCCCGUAAUCUUCACAAUCUUGACUGGAACGAUCCUUCGCACAGACGAAUCGUUGCGGGGGCUCUGGUGCAGGCAGUUUACGUUCUGGAAAGAGAUCGCCAAGAGAAACGGCAGAGUCCGCAGGAUGCCCUAGCUCCUGCCUGGUGGACAUUUUUCCAUUACAAUCCCGUACAGAUUAUGGUUGACAAGGUCGAGGGUUCGAUCUUCGGGGCCGUCUUUGAACGAGCGGAAAAUGAAAAACACCAGACCAACAUUCCGAGAUCCGUCGUGGCCUUCAGAGGAUCGAUUUUAAAGCCCGAGACUUUGCGGACGGAUCUGAAACUCGAUCUGGUUCUGAUAACCAACGGCCUGCACAAAACCCCUAGGUUUGAUUUUGCCCUAGGCGCCGUCAGAUCCGCCAUUGCAAAGCACGGUCACUGUAAAGUUUGGGUUGCCGGCCAUUCUUUGGGCGCCGCCUUUGCGAUGCUGGCGGCGCGAAAACUGUGCGAAGAUGAAGGUCUGGUUUUGGAAAGUUAUCUGUUCAAUCCUCCAUUUGCCUCUGCGCCGCUCGAAAGAAUAAAAAAUGAGAAAGUGAAAUUAGGGUUUCAUGUCGCGCACAGCUUCGUGACGGCCGGUUUGGCUAUGGCCGUCAUAGGCAAGACACAAGAUGGGUCUGAUCGCGAUGCUUUUGCUGCUCUGAGCAGCUGGACUCCUAAUCUUUAUGUGAAUCCGGCUGAUGAUAUUUGUUCUGGUUAUGUUGGUUACUUCGGGAACAGGGAGAGAAUUCAUGGGAUGGGUUUCGGAGUGGGCAGGAUUGAUGAUUUUGCUGCCCGCCAUUCGAUUAAUGAAUCGAUUAUGGCUGCAUUUGGGAAGGAAUCCAAGGCCUCGUAUUUGAUUCCGUCGGCGAAAUUGACGCUGAAUUUGGGGCCGUCGCCUGAUUUUAAGAGAGCUCAUGGCAUCCAUCAAUGGUGGUCGCCGGAUCUGCAAUUUCGAUGCACGUUAUUUAGACUGCCGGCAUCUAAAACUUGACGACGUAUUCAUCCACCAUUUUUUUAUUAUUAUAUCGUGUUCUGUGCAUAUUUUUUAAUUACAGGCUUGUCGGAACGACCACUUCUGCAAUUCCUCGAUUUUUUUGUAAAAACGAAUUUGAAACUGUCUACAUGUAAAUUAUCUAGGGUAAUUGAAUAUUCAAUAUAUGCAAAGAAUUGGCAUACACUUAAUUUAAAUAAAAUUCUGAGUUUGGAUUUA